GAUAUGACUAUUUUAUCAUUUCACCACACACACUGGUAUGUUUUGGUUUCUCAUUCCAGUCUGUGUGCAGUCCUGGAUUUAGUCUGUACAGUCCUUAGCCAUCCAUUCUGUCAGUUGGAUGGGUAUGUGCAUUGACAGCAAUGUGUAUGGAUAUUUGAAUAGUUUAUAGUGAGUCAGUUGUAGGAAAUGUGUGGUUAUCUUGAAUUUCAUGCCUUACACAUAAAAUAUGGGCCUUCAUCACGAUACAGUACUUCUAUUCUAGACAAAUAGUGUUUUUUUUUCAUUCACUUACCACCACCAAAUAUGAAUGGGUCAAUAUUGGUGUAAUUACAAUCUUUUGUGAGACAGAUUGGGAGUCACAAAGGCUACGCUUUUGUGACAUUGUAAACGUUUGCAAAUCCUUACUAAGUGAUUUUAUACCAGCGUUUUUGAGAUGUAAUGACAGAGAUUUAUGUAUAUAUUAUUCUAAUGAAUACAUAUGAUACAACACAUUCCUCUUGUACUGUGCAAUUUUGUCUCGAGUUUUUGCCAUCCUACGACUUGCCGUACGACGUAAUCCAUUGCCGGAAGUAAACAUGCCAGAUGAGCAAUCAGCGCGUCUGGAUAAAGUUGACGAGAAAGACAAGAAUCUUAUUACUGUGUUGUCAAAAUUUGCAGACGACAAUUUGACAAUCGUACGGAGUGUCAGCACUGGACUAGCAGUCGUUGGUAUUGUCAUUUUGGGGAGGAGCGUUAAAUUGAUUACCAAGUUCAAUGCUGCAUCAGAAAUCCCCACAAGAUUCAUUGAAAGAAAUGUAAGUCUGCACGGGAGAGUAUGUCGCCUCACCGAAGAAGGUCUGGAAGUGGAACACAUCCCUAUUCACAUCCCUGUCCUGUCACGCCUCCUGGUGAAAUGUCAGACUGGGGCGACUCCGCUACAGGUGCGUCUGGCCGGAGUGGAGCUGACGGCGGAGGGUCGUGACUGGCUCAGACGGCAGCUGGAGCCUGCCGAGACUCCUCCGACUGUAUGGCUGAAGCUGAUAAGGCGAGAAGGAGACACCCUCCACUGCCUGGUUUCAAAAGGCCGGGGCUUAAUGCUCAGCACCUGUCUAAACGAUGAGCUGUUGCGACAGGGUUUGGCCAGGUCUGCUCCGAUCCUGGGCCUGGACCAUCGCUCGCGAGUAUACUGGAGGCUCCACAAGAGACUGAUGAAGGCGGAGCUCCAGGCGGAGAGGAAAGGCCGAGGGCUGUGGAAGGAGGAGAGCAGCAGCCUCUGGGAGAGGGUCUCCCUGACCUUACGGGAGAGCUUUGUGGGCAAGAUAUGGAAGAGACUGCUUUCGUUUACCUCCAGGACCAAAGACCAGUGAGCUCUCAUACAGACCAGUGAACUCCCUAACAACUGAUAACAGGACUCAUGAUGAUUAUUUAUAUUAUUUGUGAAUACAAUUGUUUUGUAAUAUCAUUUUUUACAAAGACCAUCCCACUUCCGUUAAAUGACAUUUGUCAAAAAUUCCUUUUAGACUUCUAAAACGCAUUUUUGAUAACUGUCAUAUUUUACGGAAGUUGGAUCGUCUUUAAUGUCUUAAUGACCAGCUUGCCACCACAGGAUAAAAGUGCACUUGUUGCUAUCUUGUUACGCCCAGUUACGAAUGUGAAUUUCAAGAAAGAACAAACUGUAAGUAGUAAAACAUGAUAUUCUAUGUAAACCUGAAAACAUGUUGUUUGUUUACCACCAACAACACAGACUGUAGCAAACAAAUAUUUUGACCUGGUCAGGUGCAUCUUACUUCCAUUUCUUUUCAUGCUUUCUGUCAACCCUUUUUUGAAUGGCUAAAACAGAUAAAUCAAUUGUGUUUUAGUACCAUAAUGUGCCACCACGGGAACCACAUGGGCCCUGCAUAAUCUUGUUUUCCAGUCGGCCUCCUCUUCCCCCAUCUCUCCUCCAGUAGUGCCCCGUCCCUUGAGAGCUUUUUAGAGUAAGCACGUUGGGCAUUGUCCACAGCGGUGUGGCCAGUGGGGGUCUUGCCUGAUUACCCCAGCCAGACAAAAGCAAAGAGCAGAGUUGCCAUGGAGCCCAGUGAAUCCGAAAGACAAAGAAUGUCAAAAGGUGAUGAGAUCCGAGAGAGGAACCCAACAGAGAAUUAAAAAAGGAAACCCCUGUUUUUCACACAUUGAACUCAAGGAAUCUAAAUGUAUUUGAAAAUACUGAACUAUACCACAAAGAAAGAAGUCAUGGUCAACCAGAAUCCUUCAGGCAAAAACUACCCCUAUGCAUUUCAUGUUCUUGUCUGUGUUGGUAGAGAUGCUGUGGGUCCACGAGGGCUGAAAAUCGGGGUGGUUAGCCUAGAGAGGGGAUGGCAGCUUGCAGCACCCCACCGCCACCCCAUUACCCCUCUUCCCCCUCCACUCUCCAUCUUUGUUGUGCAAAUCUAACAAGCAGGACACUCCAGACUUCCUAUUGGCUGGGGAGUUUGAACUGAAAGAGUAAUGAAGAGCUGAUUGCCCGUGCAGCAGACUUUGAGCUGGCACAAGGGGGAAAAGGGGAGGAGUGAAAAGGGGGGAGAAAGCGGUUGGGAUUUUUUUGCAUGGACUGUUACUGAUAUGUCAAGCAUGGGGAAACGAAAGGCAAAUCAAUUGUCUACUUUCACUUACUGUAUCCAG